GCAUUACUAUUUGUAUCAGGAAGUUGAAGGAGUCAGCUGACUGGAUUGUGUUGUUGUAGAAGAAGUCACUGAACUGGAUGAUAAAAACACUUCAUAAUUUCGCCUAAAUUAUUUCAGUUGCUGCAAAGUAUUGCUCACUCCAACCAUGUUGCGGCCAAAAGCAUUGACGCAAGUUCUCAGCCAGGCAAAUACAAGCGGAGUACAAAGCACACUAUUGUUAAAUAAUGAAGGGUCUCUUUUGGCUUACUCUGGCUAUGGGGACACUGACGCUCGAGUGACCGCUGCCAUUGCAAGCAACAUCUGGUCGGCCUAUGACAAGAACGGGCAUCAAGCUUUUAACGAAGAUAAACUGAAAUUCAUUCUGAUGGAUUGCAUGGAAGGCAGGGUGGCCAUCACACGGGUAGCUAACCUACUGCUGUGCAUGUAUGCCAAAGAGACAGUGGGCUUUGGAAUGCUUAAAGCCAAGGCUGAAGCGUUGGUACUGUACCUGGAGGAACCUUUAACCCAAGUUGCGGCAUCAUAGGGGAAGUCUGGCUGGAGUGUUGUCUUCAAUUUUGUCUCCCGUGAUAAUACAUGAACACUUGUUGCUUAUGUGAAUGCUUCACCUGGUCUUCAUGAAACGCUGCAGUCUGUGUAUGAAUGAACUGAGUAUUUGUCUUCUGAUUACUGUAUUUAUACUCCGUAUGCUCUAACUUAAUGCUUGAGGUUAGUAAUUUGGUCGUUUGUGGCAUACAGUUCAAAUGUCAAGUUCACACAUUGUGUAAGGCGGGCUAUGUAAAUCUUUAAUGAAUUUCACUGCCUGUAAGAGGACUCCUUUCUCAACUGCUGAAAAUGCUGACACAUUAACUUUAAGGCAUUCGCUGUUUACCCUAGUCAGAAUAUUACAUUUGUCUGUUGCCACGCAAUAACAUUUAUGAUAUCCUUUUGUAACAGGCUAUCCAUAAACUCUGUUUUUUUUUUCAAUGAAAAAUCAAUAUGUAUUUGUCUUCAAAGAUAUGAAAUACAUAAAACCAUUUGAUUCAUGUUAGAUUUUUAGUUCCAGGGGUACCAAGGAGUUUUUUGCAGAACACAGACCUAAUAUUGCAUUACCUUGUCAGUUGUUUGACAGUAUUGUUAUUACUGAUAUAUAUUUGUGUUUGUCAAUUCAGAACUUUAUCAAUACUGUUUCUAGGUCCCUUUUGCUGUUACUUUGUGUUCCUGGUUUGAGAUGAACAGAACCAGGGGUUUAUUCAUUAGUUGCAUACCAUAGCAAAACGUUUUGCAAUAAAUUAGGUUCUAUUUGACAGGUAGGUCCUGUGAAUACACCUCAGAGGAAGCAAUGGUUGUCUUUCGCCAUGUAAAAGGGAUAGGGAAACAGUAAUUUCCUGAAGACAAUCAUUUGGUUUGUCCAGCAGGUGGCAUGUAUCUAUUUUUUUCAUACAGUUGCUCAUGUGGUUGUCCUACCUGUUCAACCUGCCAUAGACUUACACCAAGCCACUCCCCCAACCUCCACCAUUCCUCAGCAGAACUACCUGAUGACACAGCGGAGCAAGUUCCUUGUAAACAAUCUAGGUUUCUAUUAAACGUAGAGGGGGACAGGUGA